CACACACACACACACACACACACACACACACACACACACACUGUGGUAGAGAUGUCACAGUCUUGAGGAAAAGUCCUGGAUUAUUUUUUUUAUUUUAGAAAAACAAAAAAGGUUCCUCACUCCCUCCCCCCCCUCCCCCAUCCCCAUCAUGCCCAUCUUCAAAAACCUCCCAGUGCGCCUGAAAGGCGGCGGUCCGACUCUAGAAAACGCUUGGAUCCUUCGCAGGAUGAGCCUCAACAUCACCCCCAACCAUCGCCAUCACAACCCCUUCGACCGUGAUGGCGGCGGCGGCGGCAAUGGCGGCCACGGCGACCACUGGUCGCCCGGCGGUUCGCUGCUCGACGGCGACGCGCCGAGGGACCGCAACCCCUUCGAGGACGAGGAGGACGAGAACGAGGCCAACGAGGGGAAAAAAAAGGGAGGCGGAGGCGGUUCGAUGAGGUCGUCGUUCAAGUUAAAGUCUCCGCUGAAGACUCUGGGGAAGCUGGGGAAGAACCUCAGGCUGUCGGGGGGGAGGAGCAAAGGAAGCGAGACACCCUCCCCACAGGGGUCACUGCAAGGAACGCCGUCACCCGCAGAGAAAAAGAAGAGGGGCAGGAGGAGCUCUGAAGGAAGUCUGUUGAGAUUUGCAGGAAAAUACCGCGACACCCUCGGCUCCCGUAAGGAAUCGAUCACCAACGGCGAGCCAAACGGCUCGGAGAACGAGUGCGACAACACCAGCCGCCGCCUGUCCUUCAUGAAGAUGGUGGGCCUGGGGAAGCUGAAGAGGGAGUCCAUGAACGACCACUCGUCGCAGGGCCCCGAGGAGCAGCCGGUGCAGGAGGAGGUGGUGGAGGAGGUGAAACCCAGAGAGCCGCUGUCAGGUAAGAAGGAGUCGCAGGUGAUUUCUUUAAAGUCAACUCACAGAUUAUCAUGUGAAUACAGACAAUUUAGAGAGUUUGUAUUUGAUGUCAGUCCCAGCAAGGAAACUCCAACACAGUGACGGUAAAAACCUGUUGUUGAUCUUUUAUCAGAGGAAAACUUUUAGAGUUUGACCCGACGAUGAAGGUGUGACAUUAUGUUUUCAAGUUGUCCGUCCGUCCGUUCGGUCCAUUCUCAUUAACGCGAAAACGCCUGGAGGGAAUUUCCUCAAAUCUGACAAAAACAUCCAGCUGGACUCUGAACUGAUUAGAGUUUGGAGGUCAAACGUUUUUGGCCAUAACUCAAGAAUUUCAUCUGCAAAUUAUGACAAUUUCACACAAAUGUCUAAUGGGAUGAAAUGAAGUGAAGACAUUUUUGGACAGAUGUGAAUGUAAACCGACACCUGACUGGUUUGUCGACCUGAGACCUGAACCAGGACCGAAGCUGGGCCGGCUCCAAAUUCUACUGAUGGGGGGUCAAUGUGUCUUGGUUCAGGUCCAGAUUGUGUUGCUCUUUUGUGAAAUGUUGGUUAGGUAUUCAUCAAAUCUGUUUCCAAUUCAAAACCACUUGUCAUUAAAUGACCCAGUAGAUCUUAAGUUUAGAUUAUUUUGCUUCUGGUGAAUUUCAGUGCUUUCCUGGAGCUGGUUCACAAACCAGAUGAUGGAAAUAAGAAACUAUGAUUUGUGUUGAUUGGAUUUUUAGUGUAUAAGGAACAAUUGAAGAGGAUGUGUGUGAUGGUUUUGUGUCAUUUCAGCAGAUGAUGAAAUAAUUAUUUUGUGAAAACAGAAGUGGUCAACUGGCAGCUUUAGUUCGAAGGUUAUUUCACAGCUGGCAGAGAAAUACUGUAGGUGGACUCUCUCUCUCUGUGUUUAAGUUCAUCAUCCAGUUUGUUUUCAUACCACCCAUCUUAUCAACGUCUGCAGCUAUUUUAGACCCCAACAAUAAACAGAGAGAGAGAGAGAGAGAGAGAGAGAGACACAGACAGACAGACAGACAGACAGACAGACAGGUUAGUGAAUGUGACAUUGAGAUGUUGUAAUUCUCCAUUAGUUUCCACCAGGACUCUGUGUGUGUGUGUUUACUCAUGUUGUGGGGACAUAGAUCUGUUUACACACUCACAUUGUGGGGACUCACCUUCCUUUGGAGGACAAAAUGUACGUCCUCAUAACGUAAAUCAUUACACUUUAGGGUGAAGCCUUGGUUUAUAGCUAUGGUGAUGAUGGAAACACGACUGUGUGUGUGUGUGUGUGUGUGUGUGUGUGUGUGUGUGUGAGUGAUAUAAGUAUUGAGCUGAUCCUGGAAACUGGAAACUUUCUAAGUGCGUCUAUUGUUUAUCGCACCCUGUUUACUCUGCUAUUUAGUAGUGAUUGAAGUGUGUGAGUGUGAGUGUGUGUGUUCUAAGUUCCUCCACACCCUUGUUUCCAUGUUAAAACAGUUGUAUAACUCCCACUGUCUCAAACUGGCACUGAAAAGAUAUAAAUAUAUGAAAUGUUCACACUGAGCUGCUGAAACCAGAAUUCUGCCAAUAAAUGUCUUCUGUUGAUUGAUUAAUCAAUUAAGAGACUUAAUAGUUGCAGCUUGUUAAUGUUUGAGACAAGAUUCUUUGAGUCUGAUACUGAGUUAGAAAAAGAUACCUCAGCUGAUAUUUAUAUAUUUUUAACGUUAAUCUAUUUUUUAUCCAUUUUUAAAUAAGAUGAGAUAGAACUCUACUAAUCCUGAUGUAAAUUGUUGUGCCAGAGUUUGAUCAAAGAUUACAACAGAAAAAUAACAAACAAUAACUGAAAGAAAGUAUAAAUGUAUAUGAACAACAGAGACAUUAUUAAUAACUCUAAAAUAAGUAAUACGGACACCUGUAGAGUCUUCUUAAUGUGAGUGAUGAAGUGGU